AUGUCCAUAUUCAAGGCGAUAGCUGUGGUGCCUCCUGCCUGUGACUCGUUUGCCACAGUCUGUUCAGGCGCAAACUGCCUUGUACCUCCCAGUAACUUCAAUGCAGUACUGAGCCUGGUGUUGAGCACAGUGCUCACCAUAAUGCUUGCCAUGGUCAUGUUCUCCAUGGGCUGCACUGUGGAUUCCAAAAAGCUGUGGGGUCACAUCAAGAGACCUUGGGGCAUCGUCAUUGGCUUCCUCUGUCAGUUUGGCAUCAUGCCUUUCACAGCCUUUGCCUUGUCAUUGGCCUUUGGUGUGUUGCCUGUGCAGGCUGUCGUCAUCAUCAUUAUGGGCUGCUGUCCUGGAGGCUCUGGCUCUAACAUUAUCUGCUACUGGCUGGAUGGAGACAUGGACCUUAGUAUCAGUAUGACAGCUUGUUCCUCUAUCCUGGCCUUGGGGAUGAUGCCUCUCUGUCUGCUUAUCUACACCUCCAGCUGGACUUCUGCCAGCACCAUCCAGAUCCCAUAUGACAGUAUUGGUAUCACUCUAGUGGCCCUUCUUAUCCCAAUUACCCUGGGAAUGUAUGUUAAACGCAGGUGGCCCCACAUUGCAAAAAAGAUCCUCAAGGUGGGGUCCAUUGCAGGCUUUGGUCUCAUUAUCAUCAUAGCUGUGGUUGGAGGAAUCCUCUACCAAUCCUCCUGGACCAUUGCUCCCUCCCUAUGGAUUAUUGGCACUAUCUACCCCUUUAUUGGUUUCGGCCUGGGGUUCCUCUUGGCCCGCUUUGCGGGUCAACCCUGGCACAGAUGUCGAACCAUUGCAUUGGAGACAGGUUUCCAGAACUCCCAGUUGUGCAGCACCAUUGUCCAGCUGUCCUUCAGCCCUGCCGAGCUGGAAGUCAUGUUUGCAUUCCCCCUCAUCUACAGCAUCUUCCAGCUAGUGGUGGCAGUCUUAUCUGUGGGAGCCUACCAGGCAUAUAAAAAGUCAUUCGGCCGUGGUUCGUCUGAUAUAGACGGUAAGGCUCCAUCGCUGGAGGCUGGUGACGUUGAACAAGCAAAAGAAAAGGACUGUGCUGUGGAAAAUACUGCCUUUGAGUUUGACGAGAAUGGCAACAGCGAAGAGAUGGGUAAGGACGUUUACAAGAACACCCAGCUGUGA